GACCGGCUCGGCGGGGGCGGGCGGCGGGCCUCGGCACUCCCCAGCUGAACUGGUUCCUGCUGGGUCUGGGUCUGGGUCUGGGUCGCCGCCGCCGCCGCCACCCAGGUUCUCUCGCCCAUGGUACGCCUGUGAGGCGGCCCGCAGGCCGGCGUCUCCUCGGCAUGGAGCACAUCCGUACGACCAAGGUUGAGCAAGUGAAAUUACUUGACCGAUUCAGUACCAACAACAAGUCAUUAACAGGAACACUAUAUCUUACGGCCACACAUCUAUUAUUUAUAGACUCUCAGCAGAAAGAAACCUGGAUUUUGCAUCAUCAUAUUGGCUCAGUGGAGAAACUGGCUUUGACGACUUCUGGAUGCCCACUUGUCAUUCAGUGCAAGAACUUCAGGAUUGUGCAUUUCAUUGUUCCCAGAGAAAGAGAUUGCCAUGAUAUUUACAACUCUUUGCUACAACUGUCAAAACAAGCAAAAUACGAAGAUCUCUAUGCGUUCUCUUAUAACCCCAAACAAAAUGAUUCUGAACGACUGCGAGGUUGGGAGCUUAUUGACCUUGCUGAGGAGUAUAAGAGAAUGGGUGUGCCAAAUUCAAACUGGCAGUUGUCUGAUGCCAACCGAGAAUACAAGAUUUGUGAAACUUAUCCAAGAGAACUUUAUGUUCCCCGAAUAGCAAGCAAACCAAUAAUUGUUGGUAGUUCUAAGUUCCGGAGCAAGGGAAGAUUUCCAGUUCUUUCCUACUAUCAUCAAAAUAAGGAGGCUGCCAUUUGUCGAUGUAGUCAACCACUGUCAGGAUUCAGUGCCAGGUGUCUGGAAGAUGAACAUUUGCUUCAAGCCAUUAGUAAAGCCAAUCCAGCCAAUCGCUAUAUGUAUGUCGUGGAUACCAGGCCUAAACAUCGCAAGCAGAGCUGGUGGGCUACACAAAAGGACAUUGGCAGAAUUAUAGUGAGGAUUUCUUCAAAAAUCUGGAAUGAUGAAAAAAUAAGAGAAAGCGAUGAGAAAAAGCGACUGAAUGCAAUAGCCAACAGAGCAGCUGGAAAAGGUUAUGAAAAUGAAGACAAUUAUUCUAAUAUUAGAUUUCAGUUUGUUGGAAUUGAAAAUAUUCAUGUCAUGCGGUCCAGCCUUCAGAAGUUAUUGGAAGUUAAUGGUACCAAAGGGCUUUCUGUCAAUGAUUUCUACUCUGGUUUGGAGAGCUCAGGAUGGCUUCGCCAUAUCAAAGCUGUCAUGGAUGCUGCAAUCUUCUUAGCCAAAGCAAUAAUGGUGGAAAAUGCAAGUGUGUUGGUUCAUUGUUCUGAUGGCUGGGAUAGAACUUCCCAGGUUUGUUCUCUUGGCUCUCUUUUAUUGGAUUCCUACUACAGAACAGUCAAAGGAUUCAUGGUUUUAAUAGAAAAGGAUUGGAUCUCCUUUGGACAUAAAUUUUCAGAGAGGUGUGGCCAUUUGGAUGGAGACCCAAAGGAAGUUUCACCGGUGUUUACUCAGUUCUUGGAAUGUGUGUGGCAUUUGACUGAACAGUUUCCACAAGACUUUGAAUUCAAUGAAGCGUUUCUUCUUCAGAUUCAUGAACAUAUUCAUUCAUGCCAAUUUGGAAACUUCCUUGGAAAUUGUCAGAAGGAAAGAGAAGAACUCAAGUUAAAGGAGAAGACUUACUCCCUGUGGCCAUUUCUUCUGGAUGACCAAAAGAAGUACUUAAAUCCACUCUACAGUUCCAACUCCCAGCAGUUUGCUGUUUUGGAGCCAAAUACAGCAUCUUUCAAUUUUAAGUUUUGGAGAAACAUGUACCACCAAUUUGAUCGAACGUUGCAUCCCAGGGAGUCGGUGUGUAACAUAAUUAUGAAUAUGAAUGAGCAAAAUAAACAGUUAGAGAAAGACAUUAAAGACUUAGAAUCUAAAAUUAAUAAACGCAAAAAUGAGCAAAUAGAUGGAGUUCUCACCAAGGAAUUGUUACAUCCAGUUCAUCCUGAGUCACCUAUCAUCAAAACCUCCCUAUGUUUUAAGGAGCAGACUCUGUUACCUGUGAAUGAUACUCUUCGAACUAUAGAGGGCAGCAACCCAGCGGAUAAUCGUUACAGUGAAUACGCUGAGGAGUUUUCCAAAUCCGAACCUGCUGUGGUCAGCUUAGAGUAUGGUGUGGCGAGAAUGACUUGUUAGGCUCCUAGAGUAUUUUCUGGACUGACUGUAGUGCAAGAAAUGGAUUAUUGUGAGGAUGAUCUGUGUGCAUGACGAGAAGGAAUUUGUCUAAUAAUGAUCUUAGAGUUUAAUAGUAGGUUAAUCGUUUAAGGAAGGAAAAUAACUGCUCUUGUGAGAGGAAUUAGUGUAACUGCAUUUUUAGUAAGGAAUGACUUUCAUUUCUUUAAGAAAAAAGUGAUACUGACAUUUAUUCAAAACAAUUUGCAUUGUAUACUAGCAAAUUGACAUUUCUGUAUGAUUUAUAUGAUAAUUAGAGUCAAACAUGAAUAGCCUUACUUAACUAUAAUUUAAUUACCAGUAAACAGAACUUGACAAGGCAGUCCCUUAAUAAAUGACAUGGCAUGUUCUUUCAAUUAUGCAACCAUGUAACUGAAUUUUUACAUAUUUUACCUAUAGUGAUGUUUAAUGUUGUGCCAUGAAAAAUAUUUCUAAGAAAGCCUUAAAAUCUCAGUUUAUUCUUUACUCUUAGGUUUUAUAGCCGAGAGCAGAAUUUUGUGUUUGGUUUUCUUUUUGCCAGCCUUGUUUUAUCUGUGAAGUCUAUACUCAUUACUGCAGGCCUUGCAUGCUACAGUACUCCUAUAUAGAAAGUUGCACAGGCACACUGUUAAGUUCAUGUGUAGCUCAUCCCACUUCCAUAGUCAAAAUGAAACCACAGUUUUCAUUCCACUUAUAGUUUGCUUAGUAUUACAUUUGAUGACUUAUUAUUUACAACAUAGGUUGUUGAUUUUUUAAAAUGUGUAUUAAGCACAUUUGACUAUCUUUUAUAUGUGGAUUACUGCAUUCUAUUGAUUCUUAUUUUGUGGUUGGCUUUAUUCUUUUGAUAACUAUGUAAUUUAAAAAAUAUAAAGUUCUAAAACUGUUCUUAGAACAAUGAAUAAUACGUACAUAUUUUUAAACUGUUUUACCUCUUAAUGAGUUACUGCUCUUCCUAGAAUAUUUUACUUUCAGUUUACCUAAACAUUUUGCGAUAAAAUUAAAAGGGAAAUACAGAUAGUUAUAUUUUGCUUGGUUAUAUGAAUCUUAACCUUUUGCACUCGGAUGUCGAGUGUGACUCGACAUGGUUAGCAUCGGUAGCAGCUCGAUGAAAAAAGCAAGCGAGUGCAAAGGGUUAAAGCAGUCAUUUCUAUAUGGAAUAAUAUUUUCUGUUAAUAUAUAAGUAAAAAGAGGAAACUGAAGGGUAGCCUAAUACAAAGUUAAUAUUUAACAAAAACAACUUAACUGCUGGGAAGAGUUUUAUUUUGCCAUGUUUUAAAAAAAAGCACAGGGCCUGGAUGCCUGAGGUCAGGACUGCUGGAGGCAGCUGGCUCCAGAAUAGAAAAUGUAAGUAACAUGGUGGCAUGAGCUAUAAUUCAAGGAUACAAAGAAAUCUGCAAAGGCCCCUUCAUCCUUCUCUUUAUUAUACCUAUAUCUAUUAUUAGUUUUGAGCAUAAAUAUCUUUUUCAAGUGGAACAAAAGCUUUAUUGUAUGAGAACUUAUCAAAUCCCAUUUAUUUUUCCAAUGCUUUUCUGUAACAAAUUAUGUAAUAAAAAUACCCCUUUGUAAGCAGUAACAGAAAUACACUGUAUAUAAAAUAUAAUUUGUGAUAUUUAAGCACUAGGACAGGAAACUUAAUCUUUGUGACCACAAAGGGAAAGCUUUUGUGCCUUGUUUGGUUCCAAUACUGAUUGUGGUUUUAGAAUCUUCCAUAGAAGACUUCUAUAGUCAGCUCUUUGGUUUAUUAUCUUACAGUCUUCAACUUGAGGCAUAUAUAUUAUAUGUUUAUCUGUUCUCACAUGGACUGAAAAAUCAGUUAACAUUCAAUAUAGGGAAUAUAUUGGCAAAAGGCAGAUUGUGUAUGUCUUACAACAUUGGAUUUAUGUUCAGUGUGUUUGGGAAUGUAUAGCAUGUAAAUUAUUUCAUAUAUUAUUUAAAGGUAAUUAAAUGUUCAUGUUUUA